GUGGCCCGCGUCCUACACAUCCCCAUAAGCAGCCAGCAUUCCGUCAUAGAGGCUGAACAGAUUCUUUCCUCCUGAUCACGAAAUCCUCCUUCAUAUUCGGAUGGUGGUGAACAACGCAAGUAGGGCCAUUGAAUAGAUUAAAAGAAAACAAGGACUAUGAAAGACUGAAAUGACACACCUGGGCAACUGUAGAGCGUCGUACCGAUUGAGGCUACCGUCGCAUAAUCAUGGUGCACCAGUUGUGAGACCCAAGGCCCGACCGCAAAAAAGUAAGCCAGGAUACGAAUUAUUCAUCGCGCUAAGUGCCUUUCAUGGAGAGCCUUCAAGUUGUUUCGGUGCAAAAAGUGUUAUGUUCUCCUGGUAAGAGGUUUGCGGUACUGAAGAUGUGUUUGCCAACAGACUGGCUACAGCAAUGUAGGCUUCACUGGUUUUUGCACCCGCACAUUCUCAUCGAGUGUUUCCCUCCUAAACUCAAACGGCUGACCUGAGGUUUGUUAUGACGGAAGCUUC